UACAAAUCAGAGGUUAAGAAUAUCAGUCCUCCUGCAAUGGAAGGGUUGGAUGAGCUCAUAUCUAGACGCAGAUCAUCACCAUUAAAACUGGCAGCAGAAUCAAAUGGUUCAUCAAGCCAAUCACAAGCAGAAUCAGCUCAGUGGUUUACAUCUAAAUCAACCAAGAAGUAUUCACAGAGAGAGGAAUGGACAGUUUUAUGUGAUGAACUCGCUUCUAGAUUAGCCACAGUUGGAAAUACACUAGCAGCAAAUCUUCGCUACAUAUAUGCUGGAAAUAUAGAAAAGACAUGCAGUACAGAAUGGUCUGAAAGUCUUACAAGUGAACAUGAUGGGAAGGAUCUUUGUUGAUCAU